AUGCCAGAUGAUGAUAAAGAAUCGUCUGUACGGGUGGCCCUCAGAAUUCGUCCACAGAUACCGCGUGAGCUAAUCGAUAUGUGCCGGGUGUGCACGCAGGUCACGCCUGGCGAACCUCAGGUUCUCCUCGGAUCCGAUAAGGCCUUUACCUUCGACUAUGUGUUCGAUAUGAGUACGACGCAGGUAUCUGUGUAUAAUAGUUGUAUUGAAAAAUUGGUAGAUGGAGCUUUGAAAGGUUACAACGCUACGGUGUUGGCGUACGGACAGACUGGAUCAGGCAAGACGUACACCAUGGGUACUGGAUUCGAACGAGCCGUACCGGAAAUGCAGGAAGGUAUCAUACCACGAGCAGUACGCCAUCUGUUCGAAGGCAUUGCACAAUUGCAGCAAAAUCCGUAUGAUGAAGACGGCACCUAUCUCGGAGCGGUGACUUUCAGCGUCGCGGCACAAUUUAUGGAGCUUUAUAAUGAAGAAAUAAUCGAUUUGCUCGAUCCUUAUAAUAAGGGUGGACGUGUAUUUAAAAUUUUUGAGGAUGCGAAUGGAGGCAUUUCGGUGGCAGGUGCAACUAUCAAACCACUAACAGGACCUCAAGAAGCUCUUAGUUGUCUACAGCAAGGUGCUUUAGCCCGAACCACGGCCUCCACGCAGAUGAACGAACAGUCGUCACGAAGCCAUGCUCUGUUCACCAUUCUAAUACGGCGACAACGCGUCAUGUCUGCAGAACAAUGCGGUAAUGUUGAUGGUGACACGGAAACGCUCACUUCCAAGUUUCAUUUUGUCGAUCUGGCUGGUUCAGAGCGACUAAAGCGCACCGGGGCCACGGGUGAGCGGGCUCGUGAAGGAAUUUCCAUCAAUUGUGGCCUGCUGGCUUUGGGCAAUGUGAUAUCUGCACUUGGUGACAAAACAAAAAAAGUGUCCCAUGUGCCGUACCGAGAUUCGAAGCUGACGCGAUUACUACAGGAUUCGCUAGGAGGCAACAGCCAAACAAUAAUGAUUGCCUGCGUUUCACCAAGCGAUCGUGACUUUAUGGAGACCCUCAACACAUUGAAGUACGCCAAUCGGGCGCGAAACAUUAAGAACAAAGUACAAAUCAACCAAGACCAGAGUUCGCGAACCAUAUCGCUGUUGCGGCGAGAAAUUGCCAAUCUGCAACUGGAGAUUCUCGAAUACAAACAGGGCAAACGGAGCGUGGAUGCUGAGGGUAACGCAGCGAUCUCGGAUGUGUCGCUAGAGAACGCAAUUUUAAUGCAAGACAAUAAACGACUGCAGCAACGUGUAAAGGCGAUGCAAGAAACCAUCAACUCGUUGACAGACAAAAAUUCAGCGCUCCAAGCGCAGCAGACAAUGUCUUCGUUGGUUAGGUCUUCCGCGGGUGGAGAUGGCGUCAGUGCCACCUGUCCAGCAAAUGGCACCAACCCACUAUCUGGUGGGGGGAACGAUUCGGCUAUGCAAGAGCUGAUUGUGGGUUACAUAAGUGAGAUAGAAAAGUUAAAGGCUAAAUUGAUCGAAUCGGAACAAAUGUUCCAGCAGUUUAAGAAAGCCAAGCCAUCGCAAUCCAAGCUAGGCCUCAAGGGAUAUCCUUUCAUCGAAGACAACCCGGAAACGAUGAUCAAUCUGCUGAAGCACGAAAUGGAAAAGGAACGAGAAACACUAAUGUCCCGUUCGUUACCGGGUCUAGAAAAUGAUUCGAGCAGUACCUGUUUGGGGCAGGAUUCGGAUAGUGAAUCGGACACUGAGUCGGACGAUAAGGCGGAAGAGCUGCGCGCGGAAAUAUGUGACGUAAAUUCGGACAUUGAGCUCAAGGUACGUCUAAUCGAGCAAUUAGAAGAGUCCCAGCAGCGAAUGCAAAUAAUGCGUCAGCAGUACGAGAAGCAACUGAACGUGAUGAAGGAAAAGAUUGCCAACACCGAACGUGAGCGGGAUCAAAUGUUAGCGAAUUUGAUCAAUGGAGGGAACGGAGGCCCCUUGAACAGUAAGGGCCAAAGCACAAACAGUGAAGGGGCCAUUAAGCGUGUGAAAGAGGACUACGAACGUAAGAUUAUUGAGAUGAAGCGCCAGCUCAAUCAAAUGCAAUCAACGAACAAGGAGCACCAGCGGUUGCUGCGUAACAUGCAGGCGCAGGACGUGAAGAUAAAAACCCUUCGUGGUGAGCUGGUGGAGCUAAAGCAGGUAAAAACGCGGCUAAUGAAGAAAAUACAAGAAGAGAAUAACAGACAUAAAGAGAUGGAAAGUCGAAGAACGCGUGAAAUUGCGCAAUUGCGUAAAGAAACCAGAAAACAUGUGAAUAUCAUCAAAUCGCUCCAGGCUCAGGGAGCCGCCAAGGAUCAGGUACUAAAACGCAAGACUGAGGAGGUGUCAAACCUUCGUAAAUCGCAACGUGGUGUGAUGAGCCUGAAGGCAGCUGGCCGAGUUGCUACGAAAAUCUCCGUCAGCAAUAUGCUGCAAGGGACGAAGCGCUUUAAAACACGCUGGGACGCUUUGCAAAGGACCAUCAUGCGUGCUGCCCGUAGCCGACAGGCGGUGCAAGAGCUUGAGAUCGAGCUGGAUCGCGUCAUGCAGGAACGUGACACGUGUAGUCGGGAGCUAACAAACUUGCGGCAUCGCAAAAAAGAUAACGCCGAGUCUUCGUUGCAUGAUCUGGUAUCCCAAGAGGACACGAUCAUCGCCAAUAUGAACUAUCUUCAUGACACGAUAACUGAUCUACAAAACUCGAUCAUCCAGAUGGAGGAAGGAAAGGAUCUAAGCUCGGAGCACGCGAUGCUGCAAACCAUUAUGGACAACAUCGGAACCAUCGAGGAAGCGAAGUUUAUGCUACAACGAGUGUGCAACAUCACGAUCGGGCACGUGUGCGAUGCCGGUGUUACACAAUCGAAGCUGCGUGAGCGGGACGCCCUGUUAACGGAGAUGCAGCAGGAUAGUAGCGCCCAGGAGCAGCUCCUUCAGUAUAUGCUAGCCCGGACCCCAGUGCCGGCGACAUCUGAAACGAGCUUCAGUUCCGCUCAAUCCGCUAACUCGUACGUGAAUGCAUCGCAGUCGAAUUUUAUAGAAAAUGGUGAACCACAGCCGUCCUCGUCACAGUAUCGAUUGCUGCACGUUGUAGAUUCGACUACACGCAGUCCUUCCCCGAGCAGCAGUAACACGAACCUCGAUUCUACCGUCACCUACAGGAACUCCUCGAAACAAAGACGAAACCCCGCCGUGGUGCCUUCGAUGGCAACGAUUCAGGAUUUACUGUACGGCAGCAGCUCGAGCUACGUCGGUCCGGCCGGCGACGGUGCGGUUGGGGACUAUCGGUCUGCGAACCGAAGUGUUACAGGCACCGGAACCGGUGGGGCCAUCGUUGGCAAUGGAGCCGCCGAUGACGGCAGUAAGCUUGAAAAAGUGGGUAUUUGUAUUUAUCUCGAGGAUUCCGCAGAUGACGAUGACACGAAGCACCCGCCCUCUCUGCAGGACCGGCACGACAGGUCGGACGUGAUGACGCGCUCUUACACGAUACUGGACGGGGCGAUGGAUGCCGUCGCGGCCGCUAACGCAGGUCUACCGACCGCUCCACCGGCUCCUGUAGCUCCGGUUGCUUCCACCAGAUCUUUUGUACCGCUUUCGCGUGUUCCCAGUGCACCCGGUUCUCUGAAAGGUCUACAGCCGCACCAAGGACUAUCGCGCCAGAACAGUACCGCAUCACCGCUGCUUGCUCGAAAAUCAUUUGAAGCUAAUGGUGCUCCACCGUCACCGAGGAUCAGCCGCAGAACUUUCCCCAGCAAGGUUUCCCCGGGCAUUGAGGAUUCGGGUGACGUACCAACAUCGCCACCUGUGUACCGGCGCGGAGUUUCCCGCGAGGACAAUGGGGACGUAUUUUCGCGUCUCGGUGCUGGAACGCAAGAUCCCCAGCCCGGAGGGAACAUUAAGGAGCUCAAUGGAAGGUACAAGGCCGGUUCUCCGCUGAUCUGUACACAUGUGGUCGAAGGACACACAAACUCGGUGCUGUCGAUAAAGGUCAGCAAUCAGAUGCUGUUCACGGCGGCCGCAGAUCGCACGGUAAAAGUUUGGGAUUUACGUUCCAACUCGACACCGCACUGUUUGACUGGCCACCUCGGACCGGUGGCGGCCGUUGAGUACGAUCGGGCGAACAAUAUGCUGUUCUCUGCUUCGGGAGCUUUCAUCAAGGUGUGGGACCUACGAAGCAGCAACAUACGUCCCAUAAUUACUCUAUGCUCUUCGGGCAUAACCUUACCUUCGAACGCGACGCUCUCUGACUUAGUACCGGGAGAAUGCUCCAUCACAGCCCUUACGAUGGGUGCAUCCGGAAAGCUCUACACGGCGGCAUCUGAUAAAGUGCGAUUUUGGGAUCUACGGCAGUUCGCAUGUCUGGGACGACUUUCCGGCGGCCAUCAGGCAGCCGUCAUGUGCUUGACGGCCUGGGAAGGACCUAACAACACCGAUCUGGUCGCAACUGGCUCCAAGGACCAUUACGUGAAGGUGUUUGAAGUGAACUCGACUGGUGGCGUAGUACAACCGCUGCUCAAUUUGGAACCUCCGCACUAUGACGGUGUGCAGGCGCUGGCAGUUGCGAACGAUGCCAUCGGUGUCGAUGCGGAGUUGUUUUCUGGGAGUCGGGAUUCCGGGAUCAAAAGGUGGGACCUGCGAAACGGAGAGCUCAAGCAGUCGCUCAACAACGCCCACAAGGGUUGGGUGUCCGGGAUGGCAAUCUACGGCGAUAUUCUACUGUCUAGCUGUCGUGGUGGCGUUGUGCGCCUAUGGAAUAUUAAAACAUGCGACAGUCUAGCCGAAAUGAAGACGGAACAGUCAAUCAACGACAUUGUCACGAGCGAUAAUCGCGUCUUUACCGCGUCCAAUUCCGGUGAGGUACGGAUCUGGCGAUUUGUAACCACCGAUUGGGAUACGCUGAACGCUUCUUCAUCCGGUGCAGGAUCGGUCAGUGCCGGGUGCAACGGUGGUAGUAGUUGCAGCAGCAGUGGCACUGUUGCUUCUGUAGCUGGUACUGUAGGUGGUGGUGUUGGUACUAAAGCGAAACGUUAA